UUUAGUGGAAUAUCUCUUUUUGAGGUUGCAUCGCCAUAUUUUAACCUUAUUCUAUGGUCAAACUAGUAACCAAAAAUAUUAAUAAUAUUAUUGUUUUGUAAAUUAUUCAUAAUGGCUUGUGCAGUAAAGUCGUGCCAAAGAGUGAGAAAAUUUAAGCCGGAAGGUGUUGCAUUUCACCUGUUUCCCACAGGACACUUACUUGCAGCAUGGAAAAAGGCUUUAAAUUUACCCGAUAAUUGGACAUGGAGCAGAUCUAAAUUUGUUUGCUCUGAACAUUUCAAGAGAAGUGAUUAUGUGCUAAUUGGAAAAUAUCCACGUUUGAAAUUAAAUGCUGUGCCUUCGGCAAAACUUGGGAAAAAAGGUUCAGAGACUGGUGAAGGACCAUGUCUGAGAGAGGAUAUUAUUCCCAUCUCAGACCCUGUGGAUAACAAAGCCAAUAUUCUAGAAGUAUUUGUUGAACCAAAGCCUGAGGUCGAAAAAUAUGAACAAGUAGAGGAGCUACAAAAAGAGCCACAGAAUGUACAACAACCAAUGGGCUACUUUGAACAACUCUACCUACUUACAAAGCAAAAAGUUGCAGUAACUGAGUUGAAAAUAAGAAAAAUGCGACAAAAACUACAACGCCAAAACCACCGAACCAAAAAACUCAAACAACAUUUAAAAGGAAUGAAGAAGAAUUUAAGUGUGCCUCACAUAAUGAAUGGAAUAGGGGACAUAGAAGCCGUUAUAAAGGACAUCACACCCAAAAAAAUCCUUAUAAUUCCGUAAAUAAAGAUACAAGAUGUAACUGAUAAAAUUUAUUUUUACAAGCAUUUAAAUAAUUAAAAAGGAAUAUAUAAACAAUGGAAAGAUAUCUCAAAAAAACACAAUCCGCAAACGAAAAAUAAACCCGACGUUUUUUCAAGACAUCCUACUUCAAUUAGUUGUAUUAUACCACAAAUUCCUUGAUUUGGUGACAGAUGGCGCUAUCUGCCCAAUCAAAGGAAGCUGUGACUUACAUGAUAAUUAUAGCAUAUAGACCCAUUUACAAAGUGAUUUUAAAUGUUGUAAAAACUCAAACAAAUACAAUUUGAUUGUAAGUAUAUUCUCCAAUAAUUAA